AGUCAUGGUUGGCAGAGAGAAAUAUCUCAGUAAAUGUCUCCUUGGGGGGGGGGAGGAUGAUAUAACUACUUCACAUUAUCUGGGCAUUCCUCAGAUGAAAUAAUAAAACAUCUGUGUUCCUUUCCUUACAUGAUUGGUUGCUCCUGAAUAGUAAUAUAAACUUUCCCCCCAGUCGGGGAGAUUGCAGAUUAUUAUGUGGUCCUUGUUCCACCAGCUCCUAAAUCGCAUUUUGUACCCCUUGAUAAUCUGUACCUUAUCCCCUGACAACCAGAAACUUCUAUGCUUGAACUCUGUACCGUUGCUUAUUUCAGAAGUAUCCAAGUACCCUAUCUGUCGCUGGCUUAGCUCUCCUUUUCCUGCACAACAGAAGUGUCUGCAAACUAUUAGUGCAAUGAAAAUAGUGCUGUGAGUGCACGAAUAUUCAAAAUGCUGACGUGGGGUAAAACUGUUUUCGGCAAAAGUACGUGGAAAGUGGUGUGCGUGCUUUGGAGUGGCGUAAGCAGACUCUUCUCUGGUGCAGUCCAAGUGUAAUGGAAAAGAGCGAAUGCAUUCUUUUGCUCAGGGUGAGGAGGGUGUGCAGACUGAAUUGCAUCUCGCUUCUCAUUUUUGAGGGGUGAAUGGAAAAAGGGCUAGAAAGGGAAGUGGGAAGACCAAAGGUGGAUGUAGGAAACUGCUUGUGGGGGUUGGAUUGAAAUGGUACUUGCUUUUCACUUGUUUAUUGAAACUUUCUAAAAUAUCAACACUGCUAGGAAUGUAACGCUUGGUUUUUCUUUUUAAAUCACUCCACACGUUGACAAACCUUUGUGGGCCUUGAUCCUGCUCUUGGAUUGGAUCACCAUCAUAGUCUGUGAGGAGCUACAUGGGCUCGAGUCUGCCAGUGGCAGGAUUUCAACCCCCCAAACGCUGACAUUCUGCCAGCCUGCCUGAACCAGAAAAGGUUCAUACACAACAGUGAAACGGACCAGAGUAGGUUCAUUGGUGGUGCGGAGUGAAAUGCAGGCCAGUAAAACCCGAGUGUGUUCAGCAUGAUCCAAAACUGCAGUCCGGUGGUCCAGGCGCUGCUCGGGACUUUAUUUACCUGGGGGCUGACAGCUGCUGGCUCUGCGCUAGUCUUUGUAUUUUCCAGUGGCCAGAGGCGAAUCCUAGAUGGAAGCCUGGGCUUCGCUGCCGGGGUCAUGUUAGCUGCUUCUUACUGGUCCCUCCUGGCUCCUGCCAUUGAAUUGGCUGAAGAUUCUGGGAAUUUCGGGGCUUUUGCUUUCUUCCCGGUAGCUGUUGGCUUCACCCUGGGAGCAGCUUUUGUCUACUUGGCCGACCUCCUCCUCCCAUUGCUGGGCAUCAGUGAACCUCCCCAUGCCGCCUUGUCUAGAAGCUACGAUCCGAGAGCGGUGAAAGAGAAGUAUGACCCCGAGCCGACUUAUCACCAGGACUACGGGAAUGAGCUCUCCAUCCGGAUAGGUAGAACUGGGCUUCAUUCAGACAGAGGUGAAAACGGGGAGCCCUAUCAGAGGCGGAAGGGCGUUGGAGCCAGCCAGUCCGAAGUCCCAUCUGCAUCUCAGACUUCUGGAGACAGCGCGUUGACCCCAGGAAGUAGCAGUUGGAGGCGAAUUAUGCUGCUCAUUCUAGCUGUAACGAUACAUAACAUUCCAGAGGGUCUAGCUGUUGGAGUUGGAUUUGGGGCUGUUGGGAAGUCAGCAUCUGCAACCUUUGAAAGCGCCAGGAACUUAGCGAUUGGGAUUGGAAUUCAGAAUUUCCCAGAAGGCCUUGCUGUCAGCCUUCCUUUGCGUGGUGCCGGAUUUUCAACAUGGAGAGCAUUUUGGUACGGACAGCUAAGUGGCAUGGUGGAACCUUUAGCUGGUGUCUUCGGUGCCUUUGCCAUGGUUCUGGCAGAACCGCUCCUCCCCUAUGCUUUGGGCUUUGCUGCCGGUGCUAUGGUCUAUGUGGUCAUGGAUGACAUCAUCCCAGAAGCACAAACCAGUGGCAAUGGGAAGCUGGCUUCCUGGACCUCCAUCUUAGGGUUUGUGGUGAUGAUGUCCCUGGAUGUUGGACUUGGAUAAGGGCGGAUUUACUGUUGGCCAACGGGAGAUGACAUCUGAGCAAUUUGCAUGGCAGCGAUUGGAACUGGAAACUUUUCUUCUUCUAGAUUUUUUUUAUAUAUAUAUUGAUUAGGUUUGGUGUUGAUUAUCUAUGAUUUUAUAUAUAUAUAUUUUGCUGUAACAUAACAUUGAUUGUUUUCAAAGCACAAAAAUUGGUGGCUCCUUGCAGGUCCUGCGUUUCCUUUGCCACCAAAUUCUUUCUCUUCUCAACUGGGUCGUCGAUCAAACAUACAUCAGCCAGGCUGCAGUUUGCGGUUUACUUUUCCUCCCAUUUUUGGGCAUUUCCGUAAUGGUCAGAGUUCUUUUGGUUUUGACCAUACUUGUUCUAUAUGCAGUAAGAGAGUCACAGUCAAAUGUCUAAAGAGGCUCCUGAUUAAGUAGUAGAACAAUUGAUGGGUAAGUUUGUGUAGUGUCUAAACUUCUGAAAUCUAUCUUGGAAGUAUGGAAGUGCCAGCACUAAGAUGGGAACCUUCACAAAUAAGUGUGUAGCAGCAUGUCUAAUACAUACUGCUGGGGCUUGAGAAAUUUUUAGUGGCAUCAUCUGUUUUGAUGGAUACAAGUAAUCUGAACCAACAAAAAAUGAAACCUUGUGAGAAUCAUAUCAAGAUGUAGAAGCGAAGACGACAUCCGUUUUCCCUGCUGGAUAUGUCUUCUUAAUGGGGCCUUACUCCAGGAUAGUCCAAUGGGCAAUUUUUUGCCUCUUCAAAAAAUUGAAAGAGGACAUCUGUUUUCUAAUGUGCAAUCUUUUAGGAUGCAAGCUGUGAUUAUACAGAUUUGUUCGUAAAGUGCUACAUGACUCUGUAGUAUAGCAGGGUCCAUUACCCACAUGGGCCAGUGAUUUUGUUUCAUAAAUUGCUGUUUUAUGGUUGCUGUUUCAAAUCAGAGUGAAAAUCUCCACGAAGUGUUGAUUUAUGCUCUUCCCAGAAGUUGGCCUGUUAGUGGGGUCCUCCAGUGAAGGAGUCCAUGUUAGUUUUCGAAGGAUAAAUCUGGUCCUCAUGACAACUCUCAUUUUCCCCAGCACUCAUCCGAUUAAUUCAUUGCCCAACACGAACACUCAGCAAUGCACCGCCUUGGCGUUUUUUUCUCCCACUUUCCAAAUGUGUGUUUGGCUAACAAUGGCUCCCGAACAUUCAGAGUAACUUGUUUUAACAGAUCAGGAGCAGGCCCUGCUUCUCUGAGACAGACGCGCGCUCACACAAUGAGCAUGGUGGAAUUUGACUGUUUUGUACUAAGCUGAAUAAUGAAAAGCAGAAGUCAAGAUAAUGAUGGAGAACACACAUCCCUGUUCACUUUCUAGGCAGGCUGUUCUCCCCCAUCAAAAUGGGGUUUGAUUAGACACUUGGGCAGGCACAGUAAGUAGCUGGAUUGCCUGGCUGAUAUCUAGGCAGCUCAAGCCCUCCCGGCUUAUGUUUGUAAUAUGUAUGCCACAGAGAUUCACGGGCCAUGUACGCCGGAGACAGUCUCCCAGUAAACGAUAAGUAGAUCCUCCUAGAGAGGCUGUAGGAAUGCAAGAGGACUAGGCACUAAUGAACUAAGUUAAAACCAUGGAAUUGUGGUUUGGUUCAGUUUGUUGGCUGGAUUUUGUCUGUAUUUAUUUGUACGUCGUUCUGAAUAAUACAAAAAUGCUGGUUGCCAAUGGACCUGACCUUUUAACUGUGAUUAGUUUCAAUAAAUGGGAAAUUCAGAGUCUUUGCUGACUUA